GGCCUAGCCACAGGCUGCUUUAAGCAAAAUGGCCCUGUCAGCCCAGCAGAUACCCAGGUGGUUCAACUCAAUUAAGUCAAGUAGCUUCAUUAAUGCUGCACAAUUCAGAAAACAUUUGCUGAGACCCAGAAAAACAUUGCUGCAUGGUUUUUCUGCUGAACCUCUGAAGUCCUCUGACGAUUGCUUUUUACGGUGGGGAAUUAAGACUUACAGAAGUUUCUGCGUAUGGAACAGCUCCCAAUCUGCCAACUCAAGUACUCUAGAGAAUAAUUCUGCCCAAAGCACUCGACUUCCUUCCGUGAAUGAACAGUCACAGGCACCACAAAAGAUACCCAAUGCUGAUUGUGAGUUGUCUCUAGAAGAACUAGAAGAUUUGCCUCCACUGUCUCCACUGCAGCCCAUAUCUGAGGAGGAGGCUAUUGGAAUUGUUGCAGACCCUCCCUUGCCCCCAGUUUCAUUCACGCUUCGAGACUAUGUGGACCACUCAGAGACUCUGCAGAAGUUGGUGCUUCUAGGAGUGGAUUUGUCCAAGAUAGAAAAGCACCCAGAUGCAGCCAACCUCCUUCUGAGAUUAGAUUUUGAAAAAGACAUUAAGCAAAUACUCUUGUUUCUGAAAGAUUUGGGUAUAGAGGAUAACCAACUAGGAUCAUUCCUGACGAAAAAUUACGCAAUUUUCUCUGAAGACCUUGAAAAUCUUAGGAUCAGGGUGACUUAUCUACAGUCAAAAAAAUUCAGUAAGGCAGAUAUUACACAGAUGGUCAAAAAUGCACCCUUUUUGCUGAAUUUUUCAGUGGAAAGGUUGGAUAACAGGUUGGGAUUUUUUCAGAAAGAACUUGAACUUAAUGUGAAGAAGACUAGAGAUCUAGUAGUUCGUCUUCCAAGGCUACUAACUGGGAGUUUGGAGCCCGUGAAAGAAAAUAUGAAGGUUUAUCGUCUUGAAUUUGGUUUUAAACAUAAUGAAAUUCAGCAUAUGAUCACCAGGAUCCCAAAGAUGUUAACUGCAAAUAAACGGAAACUCACUGAGACUUUUGACUACGUGCACAAUGUGAUGAGUAUCCCUCACCACAUCAUCGUCAGGUUCCCACAGGUAUUUAACACAAAGUUGUUUAAAAUCAAAGAAAGACAUUUGUUUCUUUCCUACUUAGGAAGAGCACAGUAUGACCCAGCAAAACCUAACUAUAUUUCUUUGGACAAGUUAGUAUCUAUUCCAGAUGAAAUAUUUUGUGAAGAGCUUGCCAAAGCCUCAGUACAGGACUUUGAGAAAUUCUUAAAGACUCUUUAGUUUUUGAUAAACAUUAAAAUGUAAUAAUAUAAAGUGAGUCCAUAUGAAAAUAAAUGACUUUAAAAUAAACGCCUCAAGUGUCAAUUGAUAUU